UAGUGAGCACACUGUGGCCCGUUAUCCAGUUGCUUGUCAAUUUCACCUGCCUAUAAAAGUGAUACACAAAAGGUUACCUUUAGCAGUUCGAUUCGGCUACCUGGCGAUCGAAGGCUGACAAAUUUAGUUCAACAUGAGGCUGCUGAUUCUUGCUUGUGUGGUGGGACUAAGUUUCGCUGCUGGUGCCAGAGACUCCAGUCAUAGGUUGCAGAAUAUGGAGGAGAUCCUGAAAGAUCUGGUUAAACAACUCGUUACUCAGCAGUUUUAUGUGGAGGAGAGAAUUCGUUCCGAUGGAGAUUCUGGAAUCAAGCAAGUCAGGCGGAUUUCAACUGGAACCGAUACGUAUAGCUCCGAAACUACAAACGGGAUACAUUCUCACCCAUACCGCAAGGACAUUAUCGGUUUUUGGGAGGCUGCCGUUGUGUUAAAUGGAGUUGAAUUCCGAACCAUGCACAAUGAUUAUAUGCUUCAAAUGCCAAGCAGACAUAGCAGAAACUAUCAUGCAACUGAUAAAAUCUCUUAUCCACCAGUACCCCCAUCUGUUAAAGCAAAACACACCGUUCCAGAACAGAUAGCAGAAAUGAAAGAAUAUUUCCGGGCCUGGAGACUUCAGAACUCCACAAUUCGAGAUUACAAACCUUACUUUAAACCAGUGAUGUGUUAUAUGGAGGGAAACUGGGAAUGGAAUACUAAACAUAUUCACCAGCUGUUUGCCAGCGACACCCACCACUUAAACGCCACUGACUACGACAACCUUGUCGACAAAGUCAGAUUCUUGUCCUACACCGGGGAGGCUGACUAUCAUGAAGACGUUGCAUACCUACCCAAAAAAAUAAUGGAUGUCGACAGCAAUGGUGAUCCAAAGUACGCGCAGUGGACUUAUAGAAUACUGUGUAAUCCUUUACAAGGAGAUGUCCCAUUAAAAGUUUUUAAACCAAUAGACGACAUUGCUGUCAGGGUGUCGAAAAAAUACGACAUGUCAACUUACAGUCACACUGAAGACGCCAGAUUUACAGUCGCUGCAGAUCAGGCGAGCGCCGAGUUUGAUGAACAUGAAGGGUACGGCAUGUUUGAGGAUAAAGCAUAUGCUUGGGGACUGUUGGAUAAACUGAUGCACCAGAUUCCCGGAGUAAAUAAUUUAAGGGGAGGUCAGCAUGACGUUGAAUUCAACCACACCGCACUCGUGGCAGAUGAAAGAAUGGAGCGACCGGAAAACACAGCCCACUACCAUCGAGAGUACCGACUACAACACGGGGAUCGCGUCCACAGAGGAUUCGCGGACAGCAACCUGUGGGUGUCCCAAAAUCACCAAAGUAAAGUAGCGUCAAUCACUCUGAGAUCGUGCAAGACGGUUGGAACGCUGAAGACCAAUUGUACAUCUACAACAGAAAAAUUCACCUACGCCAUUCCUCUAGAAAUUAUCUAUUUGAAUCCUCUGCCUUCCUGGAAUCCUUUUAAUAUUGCCAUGAAGAACGACAGUGAGGUUACUAAUAAUGGCCGCAAAGGAGAUACUCACAACGCUCACCUGGCCUACAAUGGAAUGUCGGCGUCUUACUUCUAUCAAACCCCGGCUGACUUUUACGGAAACCCGCAAGGACAAACAGUUGGUACCCUGGACGCCCACGGAGCUCUGCACAAGGUAAUGGCAUCUGGAAUACAAACUAUCUUGCCGAACAUCCCCGGUGUGGGCGAAGUUAGACAGCGAUGGCCGAUCUACCCGCUACACAGAGAAGGCGACCCUGUCGGGAAAGAGGCCGACGCAGUGCUGGAGAUGAUCAACCACAUGUCCUCGAUGUCUUCAAUCUACCAGGAACCACCAAUGCAAGGCGAUCACAAAACUGUCCUCCCAGAUCUACACUUUAGAUUGUCACCCACUCACAUGGAUCCACCAGGGCCUCAUGAACACGAAUUCUUUGUUACGGCCACCGAAUGGGAAAACCUUAACAAGAACAGCGUUCCGAUUCAUGUUCUAACGUCUCAAACAGAGGGAAAUAAUGCAGAGAGUCACAGUCAUCUUCUAGAGAUAACUCUGGACAGACGUACACACAAACCAAUAGUACACAAAUGUGACGGCAAAGCUGGACAAUGCUGGGAUGGACAUAAAGAUUUCGAACAAGUUAUGUUCCAUGAAUUCUAAGUUUUAAUAAAAUUUGUAGUGAAUGGU